AUGGAUGCAAAACAGGAAGGAUUGGAUGACUAUGAGCUUGUCGACGUCCCUCAGUGGUCCCAAGAUCAACUUGACAGGAUGAUCGGAGAAGCUCGCGCUUCCCUCACCAAGGAGCUUGAGGCCAAAUUUCAAGCCAAGGCCGAUGAGACGAAGGCCCAAAGUGAGCGUGUCUUGAACUCCAAGGUCAUUGACCUCAAGUCGCAACACGAGGUCAAGAUUUACGAACUCAACCGCGUCCACGACAAGGACGUCGCUGUUCUCAAGGCUCAGCUUGCGACACUCGUCAAGGAGCAGGAAGGCCUUAAGAAGCAGCUGGCCGCCUCCAAGGAAGCUUACAAGCGCAUUGAGAACCGCCUGGCAAACGAGUUUAUCAAGAACUAG